GGCAAAAACACGGAAGUGCGAACAAUAACAAUGGCUAUUUCUAAACCUGCCUCCUAGCUUCAAUAGAUGGACCUUUAUGUCAAAAAUACUAUCAAACCUCUUAAUGUAAGUGAGGAUAACUUAAACCGGAUAUAUUUUACAAGCAGAAAGUAAUCUUAUUAAUCGACAGAAGUACAAAAUAAAGCUGUGUCAUGUAUAGCGGUCUCCUUCCGAAGGGACUCAGUGAGGCUGAUCUGAGUCCUGAUGAGGAAGAGGAGAACACUGAUGAAGACAAGACACGAACUGGCACUGAAACCGAGAAAUGUCCUGCUGAGAGCGACCAGAAUGUGCAGAACGACUCAUCAUCAUCAUCAUCAUCAUCAUCAUGUCCUGACAACUGUUUGCCAGGAGUGUCUCAAGAUCUGUGGCACAAAUUUAAAGACCUGCAGAAGGAAAGAGAGACUCAGAAGAUGGACAAACCCCCAGUAAGAAAACGUGGGAAAAAACGUCACAGAAAUGGUGGAGCUCAAAAACAGAAAGCUGCCGAAGAGAAAAGGGAUGAUGAGGAGGUUCGGAUGAAGAAAUGGGAAGAUCUGACCCAGUAUUUCGGCACCAAUGACAGAUUUCAGCCCCCUCCGUGUAGCCGUCCUUCGCCAAAGUCAGGCCUGGAAAAGAGCAUGGAGCGAGCCAUCGCCGAAGGGGAUUAUGGGAAGGCGGAGGAGUUGAGCGACCGGCUGGCUACUCGUGAGCUGGCUGUGAAAAUCUCUCAAGCUGCCGACUGCCGCGAUUUCGCCCGGGUCAGACGGGAAGAAGAGGAUUCGCAAGCAGCACGGAGAAAGAGGAAACAGAUCGCAUGGGGCUUUGAAGCCAAGAAAAGGUGGGAAACCAAAAGCAACAUGGGCUACAUGUGACGUUUCCAGAGAAACACCCGAGAUUUUUUUUUUUAUCAUAAUUUAUUUUUUAAAACUUGUUUGCUUUUUCAUGGUAUUUCCAAAUGCGGUGAAAAAAAAUAACUGUACACGGUGAGUUAAAUAAAUGACUGAAUGCCUCAACAUUA